AUGACUGUAAUUGGUCUUCUGGGAGGCGGCCAACUAGGCCGUAUGCUCUGCGAGGCAGCCUCUCCCCUCGACAUCGAAAUCGCCAUUCUGGACGAAAAGAAUGCCCCGGCCAAGCAGAUCAACAGCAACAGCAAGCAUGUGACCGGAUCGUUCAAAGACGCGCCCAAAAUCCGGGAACUGGCAGCCAAGUGUGACGUCUUGACAGUUGAGAUCGAACACAUCGAGACCGAAGUGCUCGAGGAGAUUGAUGGGCAGGGCAAGGUUUCUGUGCAUCCAUCCUGGAAGACACUCAGGUUGAUCCAGGACAAGUUCGACCAGAAAGAGCACCUACGUAAGGAGGGCCUGCCUAUAGCCGAGCAGAUGGCUAUCGAGAGUGGUGCCACCAUGCCUGCGUCGUUGCAGCUCGCGGCUCAGGAAUUCGGGUACCCCUUCAUGUUAAAGGCCAGGAAAGGCUCCUACGAUGGGAGAGGCAACUUCAAGAUAUCCAGUGAGGCGGACAUUGACAAGGCAUUCGAAGAAUUUGGUAAGCUCUCUUGCUACGCUGAGAAGUGGGUGCCGUUCGAGCUGGAGCUGGCCGUCAUGGUCGUCCGGACGGAGGACAACCACGGCAAGACAAAACGAGUCAUCCCUUAUCCAGCCGUUGAGACAAUUCACGAGGACAACAUCUGCUCCAAGGUCUUCAUGCCACCUCGGAGUGUGCCUGCUCCGAUCUGUGAGCGGGCGCAGAAAGUUGCCUGUGAUGUAGUUGAGAAGCUUUGGGGCAGGGGAGUCUUCGCUGUGGAAAUGUUCCUCACUAGAGAAGGCAAGAUAUUGGUCAACGAAAUCGCUCCUCGGCCACAUAACUCAGGCCACUACACCAUCGAGGCUGUGCCGUACAUGUCACAGUACAAAGCACAACUCUACUCCAUCCUGGAUAAGCCUUUCCCAGAAGUCUUGGAGCCUCAUGUGUCAUCAAGUAUCAUGGUCAAUGUCUUGGGUGGCGCAAAUGCCGAUUCUCAUCACCGACUAAUUGAGCAAGCCGAGAACUUGCUCGGCAAAGGAAAGGCCGUGUACCCGCAUAUGUAUGGCAAGGAAUCCAAGCCGAGUCGAAAGAUUGGUCACAUUACCGUCACAGGGUCUUGUUCCAUCGAGGAGCUGGAGAAGUUCGCCCAACCCUUGAUUCAAACUGCAGAUGAGAUCCGCCAGGAGCGCCUCCAGGCAUCUAGCAAAGCUCUCCGCCCAACAGGGGCAGCGAAGUCAGCAGCCGAGGACCCGUUGGUUUUGGUUACCAUGGGCUCUGACUCCGAUCUCCCCGUGCUCAAGGCGGGUAUCGACAUCCUGAACCAGUUCGACGUCCCUUGGACCGUGGACAUCACGUCCGCGCACCGGACGCCGAGCAAGAUGGCUGAGGUGGCCACCGAGGCUGCUUCCAAGGGGAUCAAGGUCAUCAUCGCCGCGGCCGGAGGAGCUGCUCAUCUGCCGGGGAUGAUCGCCGCUUACACCCCAUUGCCGGUCAUUGGUGUGCCCGUCAAGGCGACACACCUUGACGGACUUGACAGUUUGCUGAGUAUUGUGCAGAUGCCUAGAGGCGUACCUACCGCAACCGUCGCGAUCAACAACUCCACAAACGCGGCACUCCUCGCCAUUCGCUUCUUGGGAGCGUUUAUACCUGAGUUGCACGAUAAGAUGAAGAACUACCAGCUUGAGAUAGAGCAACAGGUCCACGAAAAAGCAAAUCUACUCAAGGAAAUCGACGUCCAGGCAUAUCUGGAAAAAAUGGGAAAGAAGUGA